UUUUUUUUCCCACUGAGUUUUCUUCCAUCAGAACGCUUAUUUUGCUCUAUUAUUUUUUAAUGCAGUGAUACCCCUUUUGCUUCCUGACUAGUUCUUCCCUCCGUGCUCGAAACUCGCUUUUCCUAUCUUUCCCAGCCACCUGCUCAUACGACAUGACGUACUGCCCGACCUAGAUUAAACCGUGAUGGCGCCAUGACAUCUCCGCUUGCCGGUCAGGAGGAGGUACAAGCUCCUAUGUCUCCCAAUGACUCCUCUCACCCCUAUCACUCCAAUGGCUCGAUCCAGCCUUCUUCCGACUCGACACCCGCAGAGAACGGCGACCCGUCUGUCCCGACCUCCAAGUGGUCCAGGUCGUCGAAAACGUCCAGCGACAGCGGCACAGAGGCCGACGAUGAGAGUACUGGCGUCUUGAGACGCCUACCGGCGCCUCCAUUACGCCCUCGGAAAGGUUUGCGGUUGUGCGGGGACGGCCUGGAGGGUGAUAACCGUGCGUGGCUUCCUGCGCUGCAACCUUGGCAUUCGUUGCUGGGUCGGUCGACUUCCCGGAGCUCUAGACGGAGCUCUAGACGGAGCUCGGGAGAGGAGGCGGAUUUUGAAACGGUCGGCAUGCGGCAGAGGAGGCUUCGUCGCAAGACGCGCGUUGAGGUGUUACGGAGAUUAUCAGAGACCCUGUUACUUCUGUCUGUAGGUGGGGUGGUGUUACUAUCGGAAGGUGUUCGAGAAGUCGCCUGGGUUUGGAAGAAAGAAAUCCUCACCCAUUGCCUCCUUGUCGCCGGUCUUUAUGCCGCUUACCCUCUCACCGUGUCUAAAUGGAGGCACGAUCGUGGCCGUAUGCGGCUUGUAAGCCGUCUUUCGUUUCCUUUACCCUCUAGUUUCGAUCCAGCGCCGCUCUUAUACCCCAUUCUUCUGCCGAUUUAUGUCUCUCUGUCCUUAACGCAGCAUAGACCCGCAUUGAUUCUGCCGAACAUCAUUCUUAGUCUUUCAUCUCUUCCCGCAUCGGUCAUCCCCCUGCACUGCUGGAAAUAUGGCUACAGUAUCUCGCAUUGGAUGGUAACAAUGAUCCCUGUCGUUGCUUCGGAACACUUCUCUUCAGGGAGCACGUGGCCUAAGCCGCUGUCCCUUCGGGGUCUCAACCCGGAGGUGCUAUUCCUUAUAUUUCCACUGCACCAGGCAUUGAUAUCCAUCCUUGAUUUCCUUCUAAGCACUAGCGUUCUACCAGCGGAGCUGCAGCUCUUGACUACCGCGUUGAUAAACCUGUUCAUGUUUUCGACCUCCCCGCAAGCUGAAAUUUUAAAGGCGCUGUUAUGGCUAGGUGGCAUGUGCACCCUCACUUUCUGUCGGCACAUUCUCCGUUGGGAGGUGGCUCUGGCCCGAAUUCCCAGUUGGAAGUUCCGUCGGUCGUCGGGCGGAUGGCAGUCCCCGAGAGGCGCGUUGAAUGCGAUCGACAACAAGAUUUGUGAGAAGCUGAGCCGGACAGGGUCCCCACGGGAUUCUGGUUCGGACAGCGAGUAUCUCAAUGGUUACGGUGCCCCGGUGAAAAAGAACAAGAAGAUGGAUAGCUCACCUCGCGGCCGACCAAAUGGCCAUAAACGGACCGCAUCGGGGGAGAUCAUAUCUUCUAUGGCCAGCCUGGUCACUGGGGAACAUAUCUGGAGAUAUUCUAAAUCUGGGCACAAGCGACGACACACGGUAUCGUCUUUUGAGGAGGUCACACACUCCGAGCGAGUCAGAACCACUCCAAGCGGCCGCCGGAAGCGGCUGAUGGCUCCGGAACUUGCGUCCUUCCUUUCGAUGACCACGGCCCAAGCACAGGUUCGCAAAUGGGCGUACGCAUUAUGCGCAUAUGCCGCAAUUCUCGGUAUCAUAAUGGGGCCUAUUCGGAUAUAUGUUGGUGCACAGGCCUUAAACGGGAACGAGCCCUUCGGCUGGGCGUUGGGGUAUUUCUUUGGAAACGUGACGUGGUUUAGAUUCUGGGUGAUCUUAUUAGAUCUUGAACGAUGGAUCAGCCUACCAGCCCGAAUUGACAGCGACGAUUCGAACAAAUUCUGCGACUUUGGAUGGGUGGAAAAUGUCCGUCACCACACGCUAGGGGAAGCUAACACGCGCCUCUGGAUCAGCGCGUACUGCAUGCUUGUUCUGGUGACGGGCCUAGCCACCGUCCUGAAACUAAGCUCCAUUGUGGAAGUGGACACGAGACGGAAGAUCUUCCACGGCAUGAUGGUCAUGAUGUUCCUCCCAACCAUCUACGUUGACCCGGCCUUCUGCGCUCUUGCUCUGGCGCUGGUCCUGUCAAUAUUCCUUCUUCUCGACCUGUUCCGUGCCUCCCAGUUACCCCCGAUCUCUCGGCCGCUGACCAACUUUCUUGCCCCGUACGUUGACGGUCGCGACUACCGCGGACCCGUGAUUGUCUCUCACGUAUUUCUUCUGAUCGGAUGCUCUAUUCCCCUCUGGUUAUCUCUGGCGGACGUCCCCCGAAUGGGGACUGGUCCGUGGGAAGGGUGGGAUGUUGUUUCGCGGCAAGUGAGCAUGGUCAGCGGAGUGAUCUGCGUUGGGAUGGGAGAUGCGGCUGCCUCGCUGGUAGGUCGUCGGUUCGGACGCCUCAAAUGGUUCUGGGGUGGGGGGAAGUCACUCGAAGGCAGCAUUUCCUUUGCUCUCGCGGUGUUCUGUGGCCUUGCUGCUGCACAGGCAUGGAUCACGCUGGGAGGGUGGCUGGUGAGUGGUUCGGAGGGUAGCUACUCCUAUUCUUGGCUCUGGGCCGCCAGCAAAGCCAUUCUUGCUGCCAUGGGAGCCAGUGCAACGGAAGCCGUUCUUACGGGGUGCAAUGAUAAUGUGGUUGUGCCCGUGGUGCUGUGGCUGUUGGUAAGGGGCCUGGGUAUAUAAUUCGAAUGGACAGCACCCAACGACGACAGAUGCGGAGAACCCCUAUGUGUAAAUGUACUGACUUUGUGAUGUGCCAUCUCUUCCCCCCCUUUUUUUUUUUGUCGCGUCUCAUUUUGUUUUCUACUUGCUCUCUAUUUCUCUUCUUUUCCUGGGUAUAAUAUUUGGGUUAUAGAGGGAGCCCCGGGGGUUAUUGUCUGUUUCACGAUUACCCAUCGCUUCUCUUUUGCAAUGAGCAUGAUUGUCUGUGCGAUCAGUUUGACGAGCUCUAGACGCAGGAUAGAAUUGAGUGAGCAACCAAGGUGCUAAGGAUGUACGUUUGAGACAGGGGAGGGUAAUAAUAGUAAUGCAGUAAGAGGAUUACGAGCCAAUCUGGAUGGUUUUCUGUCGGUUUAUUUACCUCAAUACGGAGUAGAGACUUGACGUGGACAGGGAGAGGGCCAACCACAUGCGGCACCGACUCUUUUAUCAUAUUGCAGUUGGGCAUUGACCACAGCUUGGAGCUCAGACACGGAGAUGCAACCAAUCCAGAAUGGAACCAUGCGUAGGAGGUAGAUUAAUCCGUCUUCUCAGGCAUUGCAUUUAAUAUAUUAUAAUAUGUACUCGAGCGAUAUACC